AUGUAUGGGCUAAUUAAAGUUCAUAAACAAGAAAAAUCUUAUUCGAUGAGAGUAGUUGUAUCAACUAUUGACACACCUAGUAAUGGAAUUUUGAUUUACUUGGUUAAAAGAAUACAACCGGUCUUAAAUGAAAAUCCUAUUAGGUUAAAAAAUUCAAAAGACUUUAUCAACAAGACUAAGUCGUGGUUAAUUGACAAAGAUGAAAUACAGGUUCGAAAAAAACGCUUUGCGAACAAAAAUGAAAUUCCAUCAAACUUGAACAAAAAUGAAAUUCCAUCAAACCUUCCUACAAUCUCUUUACCAUGGAUACCAAUAAUAUCUCCCAGACUUAGAAGAAUAUUCAGAAAAACUGGUUACAGAACUGUUUUUAAAUCAAAUGCUAACCUUAAAACGCUAUUAGCGUCCAAAAAUAAGUCUAAAUUACCUUGCAACAGCACCCCAGGAAUCUAUUUAAUUAAGUGCAAAUGCUCCAAAGUAUACGCUGGUGAAACAAAACUUCAAAUACGAACAAGGGUUCAACACCACCAAAAAUUUUUUACUGAAGGCAAGUUAAACCAGUCUGCAUUAGCUUUGCAUAAAGUAAAUUGUAAUGAGGACAUUGAAUGGAAUAAAUUAUUUCUUAAUACAUGA